AUGACCACUCACGGAACCGUCAACGGAAUUACUACUGCUUCAACUACAACUACUGCUCCUGCAACUGUACAGCAGCAACGGCAACAACAAACUCCGUACUCAGCAGAAGCACCACCACCAUCGCCAGUACAGCAAUCGCAUCAAUCAGCCGCAACUGCUGCGCCAAAGUCGCAACCAGUAGACAAAACGCGACGUAAACGACUCAAGGUGGUCAGCGCAUGUGGCGAGUGUCGUCGAAAAAAGACAAAGUGCAAUGGCGAACAGCCAUGUGCGGGAUGCAUCAAGGCUCAUGUCGACUGCAUAUACACUUUAUCAUCCGCUGCGGCUGCCAAAGCCAAUGGUAGUACAAUUCCAUCAUCCUCGUCUUCCGCAAAACACCAUCCCACCACUACCACUUCUACUACGUUGCGCCUGUCACCACCACCACCGUCGUCAUCGUCGUCGCCGCCAGCAGCAGCGUCCUAUACAUAA